AUGGCCUCGGUCGAGUUGUGGCUGCAGAGGUCGCGCAACUGUGCCAAUGUCGCUGACGCCGACGCUGCGCCCGCGCCGCCUCGCUCGUGCGGAACCGACCGAGUGAACUCAUUUAAAAAUGAUGUAUUCACUUCAUCGAAACAACAUUUUUGUUUAAAAAUACAGGACACCUACGCCUCUCUGAGUCUGUAUGAUUCCUCAGGACGACGUGUAACUAUUCGUCAUGACUAUAAUGUUCGCACCUUUUUUGGUGGUACGAAAUCACCGGACGCGCUACCGGAUAUGGACAUAGUGCAUUGCUCUCGGACAAACAUUACACUCACUUAUUACUCAGGACACAAUGUGGACGUCAUUCAAAGAAACGAUUCGCCGGAAAUAGUCAUAACACUGACAGAAAAUAAAUCGGAUUAA